AUGAAUAUCUUCCGCUUAUUACUGCUGGCUGGGUUAGCUGUGGCUAAGCAGCCCAACAUUCUCUUCGUCUUGACUGACGACCAGGGCAAGUAUGUCGGAGGAUUGGAACAUAUGCCCAAGCUUCAAGAGCUCAUAGCUCAAAAAGGAUCAACCUAUCCUAAGCACUAUUGCUCCGUCGCCCUCUGCUGUCCCUCGCGCGCAAAUCUCUGGACAGGCCGUAUGCCACACAACACCAACGUAACGGACGUCGGCCUACCAUACGGUGGAUACCCAAAGGUUGUAUCAGCUGGCUGGAACGAUAACUAUCUACCCCUCUGGAUGCAAGAUGCAGGGUAUAACACGUAUUAUGUGGGGAAGCUAUGGAAUUCCCACACAGAAGAAAACUACAACAAGCCCUACGCGCGCGGUUUCAAUGGCUCCGACUUCCUUCUCGAUCCAUACACAUACCGGUACUACUAUGCGCGCAUGACGCGCAAUGGAAAUCCACCUGUCCAUUACGACGGCAAAUACUCAACCGAUGUGAUCGCUGAGAAAGCAGCGGGAUUCCUGGACGAAGCGAUCGCGCAAGAUCGGCCGUGGAUGCUGACUGUUGCGCCGAAUGCGCCACACGCUAAUGGCUCUCACGAUUCCAAGCGUAAUGCGAAUUGGUUCGGCGAGCCGGAGUUCGCACCCAGACAUGCCAAUUUGUUUAAAGAUUAUCAGUCUCCCCGUGAUGAGAGCUUUAACGCGCUUAUUGAAGGGGCUGUGAGCUGGACGCAGAAUGUGCCCGAGUUGAGUCAAAAGGAGAUUGAUUAUAUUGAUGUGUUUCAGCGUUGUCGUUUGCGUGCUCUGCAGGCUGUUGAUGAGAUGAUUGGGAAUUUGGUCGAAAAGCUUGAGAAGGCAGGUGAAUUGGAUAAUACUUAUAUCUUUUUUUCGACGGAUAAUGGAUAUCAUCUGGGCCAGCACCGUAUGCAGCCGGGGAAGAAUUGUGGUUACGAAACUGAUAUCCACAUUCCUCUCCUUGUUCGGGGACCUGGUAUUCCGGAGAACCAGACUCUAGAUGUGGUGACUAGUCACACUGAUCUCGCGCCCACUUUCUUGUCAAUCGCCAAUUCGUCCAGAGAAGGUCUUGAUGGCAAAGCCAUCCCAACCACUGUGGCCGCCAGUAAAUCCGACAACAAGAAGGAGCAUGUUGCGAUCGAGUACUGGGGAUUGGCUGUGCCAGAAGGUAUCUAUGGAUAUGCAAGCGAUAAGCUGCAACAACCACACAACAGCUUCCAGAACAACACCUACAAGGGUAUCCGACUCGUUGCCGAUGACUAUAGUCUUUACUAUGCAGUUUGGUGCACCAACGAGAAGGAAUACUACAACCUCAAGGAUGACCCCCACCAGACAGUUAAUCUUGCGGCCCAUCCCAAAAAGCAUGCAAACUACAAGAUCGCCAAUCGGGAACUUCCUCAGAUACUCAACCGUCUUGAUGCCUUAAUGAUGGUUCUCAAAUCCUGCGGAGGUGAUUCCUGUCGGGACCCAUGGGGCCAGCUACAUCCUGCCGGCCAAGUAACCACACUUUCCGAGGCACUGGCUUCGGGUUUCGAUGACUUCUAUGAGAAUCAACCCAAGGUCUCUUUCUCGUCUUGUGAGCAUGGGUACAUUAUUGCUUCGGAAGGUCCGCAGGAGUUUAAUGCGUACCAUGGUGGACAAAAUGAGAGGAGAGGUUGGGGAUGGGAUACUUUCUUCUCUUGGUGA